GGCCCGGGCCACAGCGACGCGCGGCGGGGAGCGCGGCGGGCCUCCGGGCCGACUUCGGGCAUCAUGCGUGUCCUCUUCAGAGUAGUCGUUUUCUUUUGUGUGUGGGACGUUUUUACUGCCCAGAAAGAGAGCCCAGAGGAAGUGAAAAUAGAAGUUUUGCAUCGUCCAGAAAACUGCUCUAAGACGAGCAAGAAGGGAGAUCUGCUAAAUGCCCAUUACGACGGCUACUUGGCUAAAGACGGCUCGAAAUUCUACUGCAGCCGGACACAAAAUGAAGGCCACCCCAAAUGGUUUGUUCUUGGUGUUGGACAAGUCAUAAAAGGCCUAGACAUUGCUAUGAUGGAUAUGUGCCCCGGAGAAAAGCGAAAAGUGAUUAUACCCCCUUCCUUCGCAUAUGGAAAAGAAGGCUAUGCAGAAGGCAAGAUUCCACCGGAUGCAACAUUGGUUUUUGAGAUCGAACUUUAUGCUGUAACCAAAGGACCACGAAGCAUUGAAACGUUUAAACAGAUAGAUACUGACAAUGACAGGCAACUCUCUAAAACUGAGAUAAAUCAGUACUUGGAAAGGGAAUUUGAAAAAGAUGAGAAGCCACGUGACAAGUCAUACCAGAAUGCAGUUUUAGAAGAUAUUUUUAAGAAGAAUGACCAUGAUGGUGAUGGCUUCAUUUCUUCCAAGGAAUACAAUGUAUAUCAACAUGAUGAACUAUAGUUUAUUUUUCUAUCAGAAUUUCAUACUGUGCUUUAUAAAGUGAAGUCACUUUUCUCCAAGAUGUAUUUUCUAUUUUUCACCCAUGAGAAUAUAUUUGGACACCUCCUUUGCAUGUAAUUAUGUUAUAAUAAAUGUGAGACUGUUUUGCAA